UCGACUCCAGCGUUCAAAUAAGAGAAGAAGAGGAAAAAAGAUAACAAUAGGAAUUUCAGGAGGGAAUUAUUUUUCACCUGAGCGUAACUUUUUCUUUUUACAAUUAAAAGAACAACACAAUCAGCUUAUAGAUGAACGUUCCCUACUGGAACAGCAUGGAGGGUCCCAUGAUAUCCGUCUCGUCUAUGAGUCUCCUGGUACCCCCACUGCGGCUGAUGUCGGCUCUGAUGUGGGAAGUGGUCCGUCAGAGGAACGUCCGUCAAUAUGGGAGAGUUGUUGAGUUUGUGUAUCUGGUCACUGAAGCAAUUCCGGAUAUUUGGACCGAAAGACAGACUCAACUUCUCAUCCUGGCUUUAAGGGCAAAGGUUAUUCUGGUGAAGUUGCAUUCGGAGCAGGCAGAAGAUCUCAGCAGUGUUGAAGCACAUCUGCAAAGACUCAGAUCUUCUCCCAGUGAACAGGCUCCGGAGGCGAACUUUGCGAAGCUAGUUCAAAGGCUGAUAGAGGACCCAGAGAGAAGAAGGCAUUUCUACAAGAACGUGUAUCCUGUGGAGUUCGGACCGGACUUUGACUGGGCGCUGGAGGUCCUGCUGUUCCGGUUCUUCACCACACUGGAGGGGCGGACUCCAGUCCCUGACUUCAGACAGGCUGCAGUGUGGAUUAAAGAUGCACCUGCAGGUCUAGCAGAGCACAUGUGUGAUGAAGACGACCUUAAAGUUCUCCUUAAGAGCAAACUGUGUCAUCAGAGAUCAGCCGAGAUGAGUACAAAAACAUCCCUGAAUCCAUCCGAACGGCAUCUCCUCAGGACUCUCUCUCUCCCUCCCUCACCGAAACAGACGGACACAUCCGACCUCGACCGCUUCAACACCGAGCAACUAAUCUGCUCUGCCGACAUCCAAGACACGAGUAUAACAGACACAGAAGUGCCGGCUGAAACCCGACAUGAUCCCGAGGAAGAGGAAGCGCCAACCGUUUCCACGGCGGGUCCGCCCAAUCGCGGCUCUUCCUCGUCCCAGGGCCUCGUGGCUCCCAGCGCUCUGAUCAGUGCGCCCCGGCGGCAGGUCACCCACAAGUGCCGCCGAUGCGGGCGUUACUUCAUCUACCGCCAUGAGCUGCUGGAGCACCAGAAGCUGCACGCCGGGGAGCACCCCUACAAGUACUCCCAGUGUGGGAAGGUCUUCCGGGGGGCCGGCGGCCUCGCCACCCACCGGCGCACCCGGUGCACCAGGGCGGCCUACCCCUGCGUCAAAUGCGGCACCGACUUCAAAUCAAUCCGGGAGCGGCUCAGGCACAAGUGCGCCAAGGAGAAGCCCCAAACAUUUGGGUGUCCCGAGUGCGGGAAAACGUUCCAGAGGAGGGGCCUGAUGGAGAAGCACCAGCUCACACACACCCAGGCCCGGUGCCCGCAGUGUGGCGAGGCAUGCGCGGGGAUGAGUGAGCUAAGAGCACACAAGGUCCGGGUCCACGCAAACACGCAUAUCUGCGAAAGCUGCGGCAAAGCCUUCAAGGGAAAGCACGAGCUGAAGGCCCACAUGCGCUGCCACACUGGGGAGCGGCCCUUCCAGUGCACGUACUGCGGGAAACGAUUCUCCACGGGCGGCUACCUGACCGUGCACAUGCGCAUCCACACGGGAGAGAAGCCGUACUUGUGCGCCGACUGCGGGACGGCCUACAGGACGGCGGGCCAGCUGCAGAGCCACCGGCGCGUCCACACGGGGGAGAAGCCGCACAAGUGCGCGGUGUGCCCCCGGGCGUUCACCAACACGGGCAGCCUGAAUCAGCACAAGCGCGUGCACACGGGAGAGCGACCUUACCAGUGCACGUACUGCGGUAAACAGUUCUCCAUGCGCGGCAACCUGACCAUACACGUGCGCAUCCACACGGGGGAGAAGCCGUACUCGUGCGCCGACUGCGGGAAGGCCUUCGGGUCCGCAGGCGACCUGCAGGUCCACCGCCGCGUCCACACGGGGGAGAAGCCGCACAAGUGUGCGGUGUGCGCCCGGGCGUUCGUCACCGCGAGCCAGCUGAAAGCGCACCAGCGCGUGCACACGAGGGAGCGGCCGUACGUGUGCCUGCUGUGCGGCAAGGGGUUCUCAACGAACACCGACCUGAAGCAGCACACGCUCAACCACUACGGGGUGCGGCCCUACGCCUGCCAGCUGUGCUCUAAGGCGUACUUGUGCCUCAACCACCUGAAGAGACACCUGACGACGCACGGUGUCGAGCGAACCGCUAGUGCAGUGUUGACAGAACUGACCGCUCCUCCUGAGUUCUGGGCAGGGCAAUUCAGCGUCCCAUUGUCCUCGCUAGGACUUCUGGUUCCUCCGCUGCGGCUGAUGUCAGCAGUGAUGUGGGAGGUGGUCCGCCAGAGGAACGUAAAGCACUACCAGAAGCUGGAAGAGUUUGUAUCCAUGGUAACAGACGCCGUUCCCGAACUCAUGAGCAAACGGGAAGGACGGCUGCUGUCUCUGGGCCUGAGAGCCAGGACCACUCUGAUGCUGUUGCGUUCAGAGCACCCAGAGGAUCUGAAGGCCGUGGAGAUCCAUCUGGACAGAAUACGGUCUUCCUGCAUAGAAGAGAUAAAUGACAACAUCAUUGACGCACCAGAAGCAAACUUCAUGAGGCUUGUACAAGGUCUCAUCGAGGACAAUGACGGAAGGGAACAUUUUCUUAAGAACAUCUUUCCGAUGGAAUACGGCCCAGACUUUGACACAGCACUUGAGACUCUGGUCUGUGAGUUCUUCAUCAGACUGGAGGAGCUGCUUCCAGUCCCAGACUUCAAACAGACGGCCUCCUGGAUAGGCGCUGAGCCGUCAGUACUAGAGGAGUACAUGCAAUGUGUGUCAAACGGGGAUGACCUCAAAUUUCUUCUCCAGAGCAAACAAUGCCAUGGGAAACUGGCAAAAAGUGGAAUUGCUCAGUUUCAUUCAGACGAUCUCCUAGUUCCCUCCAUGUCUCUGCCGCCCUCGCUGGAGGUCGCCAUCACGUCUCACGCCAGCGACGACGAGAACAACGAGGUCCCCCAGAUCGUGAUGUUCGAGGAAGAGCUGACCACCAACUCCCACGUCGCCUCCACGUCCGCCGACUUCCCCGACUCUCCCAAAGAGCAGGACGCCGUACCGUCCCCUCGGCGGAAGCAGCAGUCGGGGAUGCACCAAUGUCCCGAGUGCGACAAGUGUUUCAAGCACCACUCGGUCCUCGUCGAGCACCAGCGGGUGCACAGCGGACUGCAGCCCUACAACUGCUCCGAGUGCGGCAGGGCCUUCCGCACUGCCACCCUGCUGGCCGGCCACCGGUUGCGCAAGUGCAAGAAUGCGGCCUACCUGUGCAUUAAAUGCGGGAACAGUUUUCCCACCUCCCUGGAGAAGUUCCGACACCAGUGCCCCAAGCGAGGUCAGAGUUACGAAUGCGCUCACUGCGGGAAGAGCUUCCAGAAGUCCAGCAGCCUGAAGGAGCACCUGCUCACACACGUCCAGAGCCGCCUCUUCAAGUGCAGCCACUGUGGCGACGGCUUCCCCGGGAUUGGAGAGCUGAAGUACCAUCAGCAGGUGGACCACGACAAGCCUUAUCAGUGCAAGCAGUGUGGGAAGAGCUUCAUCUCCUCCAGGUGUCUGAUUAAGCACCAGCAGCGGCACCAAGAGGCCGGCGAGAUCCAUGGCGGGAAAUCCAUCAGCGGGAGCAAGCACAGGAAAAUCAGCACCUCUCACCGGAGCUCCUCUGGAUCCUUGUCCUCUCGGAAGAACGCGGUCAAAUCCGCCUACCCACACGCACGGGUCACCCACAACUGUCCGCAGUGUGGGAGGAGCUUCAAGUAUCGCUUUGAGUUCCUGGAGCACCAGCGGUUCCACACGGCGGUCAAGCCUUACAAGUGCUCUCAGUGUGGCAAAGCCUUCCGCACCGAGGCCCACCUCUCGGGCCACCGCAAGAGGAAGUGCAAAAACGCCUCUCACAUCUGCACCAAGUGCGGCUGCCAGUUCAGGUCCCUUCAUGAGCGCGUCAGGCACCAGUGCAUGCAGGUGAUGACCAAAUAUGAGUGUUCCCACUGCGGUAAGACCUUCAAGAUGGCCCACCUUCUGAGGAACCACCAGAUGAGUGAGCAUCAGCUGCCCUACAGCCCCAACCACCGCUUCCGGUGCAGGUACUGCGACGUGACCUUCCCCGGCAUCAGCGAGCUCAAGUACCACCAGAGGGUCGACCACGACAAGCCCUAUCAGUGUCAGGAGUGCGGCAAGAGCUUCCUCUCCGAGAAGUGCCUGUCCAACCACGAGCAGCGGCACAACGACGACCGGCCCGAGAACUGCCCCGUCUGCCGCCGCGGCUUCAGAAACCGCUACGACCUUAAGCAGCACAUGCGCACGCACACGGGCGAGCGCCCGUACCAGUGCACCCACUGCUCCCAGUGCUUCUCCACGGCGGGGGGGCUGAAGAGCCACACCAGGGUGCACACGGGGGAGAAGCCGCACGUCUGCCCAGAUUGCGGCAAGGCCUUCUCCCAGAUGGGCGCCAUGCGCACGCACCGGCUCACCCACACCGGGGAGCGGCCGUUCAAGUGCGCAGUGUGCGGUAAAGGGUUCACCAUGGCGCACAAGGUCACGGUGCACAUGCGCGUUCACACCGGGGAGAGGCCGUACGUGUGCUCCCAGUGCGGGAAGGCCUUCUCGGACGGCAGCGUGCUGAAGCAGCACAUGCUGAAUCACUCUGGCGUCCGGCCGUACCACUGCCAGAUCUGUCCCAAGACCUACACCUGCCUGAACCACCUGAGGAGGCAUCUCAAGAGCCACUCGAACCCCAACUGACUUUGUUCAAUGUUAGCGGAGCAUUCGUGAGACUGUGGUUUGUUAGACGGUUGGUCAAACCCAACUAGCUGGCUGAACGAUGACGGUGGGAAAAGGGCAAUGAAUGAGAUACCGACAUAUAAACCACAGGCAAGGUCGUAUGUCAGAUGGUUUUGUGAGAUUGACUCGGACCAAUGAGAUAACCACGUCGAGUGGAUGCAGAAUUUGACUGUGGUUACUAUUGGUCCUUGAGUUCCUCUUGUGGACUGAAUUGGAACGUCAAUAGUAUUUGGUCUAGGAAUAUACAAGCCCUCAGAAUCAAAGUGUUAGAAAGCCAUUCUGUUUCUCAUCACUAAUCAGGGUUGUUGUUUUUUAUAACUGAAUCAUUCACAAUUGCAUUUUGAGGUCAAAUGACGUGCUAACGAUAAUAGUCCUAAUGAUGUGUUUUACUGGCUGCUGUCCAUCAACAAGAUGGUACUUCAUACAGGUUCUGUAUGAAUUGUGCAUGUAGUUGUCCCCACUACAUCAUUGGAGAAGUCAGUUAGGGUAAUACAUGCCAGUUAGGAUAAUGCAACACUGGGUUCAGAUGGACGGAUGAUAAUUAAGAAUACAAGUUAUUCCCAAGUGAAUCAAUAAAGAAUUAAUCUUAUUAAUGUUAUUUUUGCUUUGAAAUUGAUGAGAAUAAUACAAAUAUAUUUUUGGAAAUAGAUUUGAGGAUUUUGAAUAGUAACCGAAGUAACAAAUGCAGAAUGUUUAUAGUUCAAAACCAUCAGUGGUAUUGUUGCUGGAUUUUUUUGCCAGCUCUGUUUGAUGGGUAUGUGUAUUCCCAGAUAAAUUUACAUUGUCCUUAA